AUGAGCUACUUCUUUUCAUUUUUCCCGCAUGUCUAUUUUAAUGGUAAUUUAUUUCGGCAGGGAGCCCAUUUCAGAUCACAUAUAGUAGAAGGUAGCAGAAUAUUAAGAGGUUUUAAUAUUGGGACACCAUUUGGCACUCGUUCGUUCAGUUCAUCAAGCAAGGAUAUGACGGCGUCAGACUUGGGAUACAAAAUUUUAGCGAGUUCAUUUGAGAAGCCUGAAUUGGAUGAUAGAAAUUAUCGGUAUAUUCAAUUGCCAAAUCGGUUGAAGGUGUUUCUGAUACAGGAUAAGAGUACUGAUAAGGCGGCGGCAGCUCUUGAUGUUAAUGUUGGAUUCUUUCAAGAUCCGGAGGACUUACCUGGUCUGGCACACUUUUGUGAGCAUUUAUUAUUUAUGGGGAGUGAGAAAUUCCCUAAUGAGAAUGAAUAUUCUAGUUAUCUGAGCCAUCAUGGUGGGGCUUCGAAUGCAUAUACUUCGACUCAGAAUACGAAUUAUUAUUUUAUGGUGAACCAUGGGAAUUUGUACGAUGCUUUGGAUAGGUUUUCUGGGUUUUUCACAUCGCCGUUGUUUAGCGUAUCUUCUACUAACAAAGAAGUUAAUGCGGUUGAUAGUGAAAACAAGAAGAACUUGCAGAGUGAUUUAUGGAGAAUGCAGCAGUUGGACAGGUCUCUGACAAAUCCUGGUCAUCCGUUUCAUAAAUUUUCCACGGGUAACUAUCAAACUUUGUACAAGGAGCCUAAGUCCAGGGGCAUUGAAAUUCGGGAAGAGUUGUUGAAGUUUUACGAUAAGACAUAUUCCGCUAAUUUAAUGAGGUUGGUAAUUCUAGGUAUGGAAGAUUUGGACACUUUGUCUGCAUGGGCGUAUGAAUUGUUUAAGGAUGUCCCUGAUAAGGGAAUUGAUGUUCAUGAGUAUAAUGCUAAAGUUUUCACACCAACAUAUCUAACUAAAAUUAUUAAGGCUAAACCAAUUAAGGAUCUCAAACGUGUAGAGGUAUCUUUUGACGUACCAGAUACAGAAACAUUUUGGGACUCAAGACCAGCUGACUACAUAUCCCAUUUAAUUGGACAUGAAAGCAGUAACUCGUUGUUGUCGUAUUUAAUAUCACAAAGUUGGGCUACCGAGUUAUAUUGCGGAGCUCAAACUGUUUCUAAGGGUAAUGCUUAUUUUUGCAUCCAUAUAGAGUUAACAGAUAAAGGAGUCCAGGACUACGAAGAAGUUGUUUAUACUGUUUUCCAAUAUAUUGAAAUGUUGAAAAAGUCUUUGCCUCAGGAAAGAAUAUUUGUGGAAUUGAACAAAAUUGGAGAAUCUAAAUUCAGGUUCAAACAAAAGGGUAGCCCUUCUAAUACAGUUUCCUCUCUUGCUAAGAACUUACAAAAGGACUUUUUGCCUCCAGAAAUCAUUUUCAAUGCCUCCUUGAUAAGAAAGUUUAAACCCGAAUUAAUCAUGUCGUUUUUAAGCCACCUGCAACCAAAGAAUUCAAGAAUCAGUCUUAUUUCACGUUCUGUUACAACUAACUUAACAGAACGUUGGUAUGGUACUGAAUAUGCCGUAGAGGAUUAUGAUAAAGAGCUUUUGAAAAAACUAGAAGCUCCAGAAUUAAAUCCAAGUUUGCAGUUGCCGACACCGAACAUGUUCAUUCCUACGAACUUUGAUGUUAACAAACAAGAAGAUGUGAAACCAUUAUUAGAGCCUCUAUUAUUGAAAGAAGAUCGCAGUUGCAGGCUAUGGUACAAAAAGGAUGAUAGGUUCUGGGUUCCAGAAGGGCACGUCUAUGUAUCCUUCAAACUACCACAUUCUUAUUCCAGCGUUGUUAACAGUAUGCUAUCCACUUUAUACGUCGAAAUGGUUAAGGAUUCUCUAAAGGACUUACUUUACAACGCAGAAUGCGCCAAUUUUGAAGUCAGUUUUGUGAAAACUAAUCAAGGUUUAGAUUUAUCCUUGACCGGUUACAAUGACAAAAUGACCCUCUUAUUGACCAGUAUCCUCGAGGGUAUUCGAAACUUUGAUCCCAAGAAGGAAAGAUUUGAUGUUCUACAGAAACUGCUUUGUCAGAAAUUGUACAAUCGUUUAUACAACGUUCCGUAUUCACAAAUUGGUGUCUUGUACAAUUCAUUGAUCAAUGAUAGAUCCUGGACACCUAGUGAAAAGUUGAAAGUUACAAAACAGUUGACAUUUGAACAUUUUAAGGCCUUCGUCCCAUCUAUUUACGAACAAAUGUACUUUGAAACUUUAGUUCAUGGUAACUUCCCUGAAAAUCAAGCAAUUGAGUUAAACAGUUAUAUCUGUUCAUUGAUUCCAAAUCAAAUCAAGCACUCCGGAGCCCGGAACAACAGACCUAGAUCUUAUAUGCUGCCCGAAGGAAAAACAUAUCGUUACGAGACAACGUUGUUUGACGAAGAAAACGUUAAUUCGUGCUUUGAAAUGGUAAUCCAAUUGGGUAUGUACUCCGAGGAUAUGAAUGCUAAGGGAUCUUUGCUUGCACAAUUAAUAAAUGAACCAUGUUUCAAUACUUUGAGAACAGAGGAGCAGUUAGGUUAUGUUGUCUGGAGUUCUAAACAGAACACACAUGCAUCCACUAAUUUACGAAUUUUGGUCCAGUCAGAAUCCGACACCGUAUAUAUUGAAUCAAGAGUUGACAAAUUCUUGAACAACUUUGCAGACACUUUAAGGUCUAUGUCAGAGCAGGCGUUUGAAAAACACAAGGGUGCUCUUUGCAAUACCUUACUCCAAAAGUUUAAAAAUAUGAGAGAAGAGAAUUUCAGAUUUAUUGGAGCAAUAUUCUCAGGGGACUACAAUUUCCUAUGCAAAGAGCGAGAAGCGAAAAUAAUUCGAUCUCUAACUCAACAACAUAUGAUCGACUUUUAUGAACGUCAUAUCCUUUCCCAAAAGUCAUCAAAAUUAAACAUCCACUUGAAGUCUCAAGCAAAACAAGAAUCGACUUUACGAGAAAUUCCAGAUGGGUAUCCAGUCGGAGAAACCAUCUCUGAAAUUGAAGACUUUAAGAGCAGUUUAUUCUUAGCCCCUGCUCGCCCUCAGAUUAAAAGGUUCGAAUUAGCCGCACCCAAGCUCUGA